AUGAGUAUAUCUUUUAAACCACAAAAUACAAAAGCUUCUGCUACAAAACGAAUUAUCAGAGAUUUGAGAGAUCUAGAAAAAUGUCCCGUACCAGGUCUUGCUGUUACUUGUCCAGAUCCAUCAAAUCCAUUUAACUUACAUUGUAAUGUAUUAAUCAAUGAUGGACCAUAUCAAGGCAUUAUGAUUCAUUUAAUUCUUCGUAUUCCAGAAGAUUAUCCAUUAACAGGUCCUGCUGGAAAUAUAGCACCUGGGUUAGAAUUUAAUUCCAAAUAUCAUGGUCAUAUUCAUGAAGAUCACAGAAAUGGUCAUGCGUUAUGUAAUGAUUUAUUAACAAAUUAUGCUUAUUUUUUUAAAUCGGUCGAUAAUGGUGGUGCUAAACAAGCUAGUGGAUGGAGUCCAGGUUAUACUUUAUCAACUGCUCUUCUUCAAAUCGUUACAUUUUUUGCUGAACCUGAUCUACGUUAUGAACCAUCUUCGGAAAGUAUUAUUCAUUUACGUAAUAUGGUAAAAUCUUUCCAAUGUAAAACAUGUGGUCAUUCAUAUGAUGAACCAAUUCCAGCAAUAGUUGAUUAUUCUUCAACAGAAAAAGCCAAAGACGAACAGCCAACAUUAAACAAUGAUGAAGAAGAACAAAAAAUAUUAAAAGCUAAAGAAGAAGAAUUAAAAUUACUAAAUGAAUUAAUGGAAAAAUUAACAUGUGGUGUAACUAAACAGAAUGCAUUAGAAGAUCAAAUUUGUUUAGGUUAUCCAUUAUUAAUUAAACGUGAUAAAUAUGGUCGAUUAUGGUCAGAUAUUAUUCUCGAACUUAUUUCAUAUGAUGCAUAUAUUGCUGAAAUACAAAAAUCAGGUGGACAUAAAUUAGAUUUUUAUGAAAAUUCAAAAUUUCGUUCAGUUACUGGACAAGAUUAUAAUCAUUGGUUACCCAUAUAUAUCAAUAUAAAUCAUUUUCAACAAGGUCAAAUACUUAUUCAAAAUAGUAUUAGUAUUAUUUCUAAUGGUACUGCAUUAGGAAGUGAAAAAUAUGAUUUUACACCAAUGUUAGCAUUAAAUGUAUUAACAACAUUAAUGAAUAAAUCAAGUGUACAAUUAUUUAAUGGACAAUUAUUUGAAUCUAAACAUGCGAUUGAAGCAUAUUGUCAUUUCUUACGUUUAUUAAUGCAUUUUAUUGAUAUUUAUCCAGAAUUAGAUCGUAAAAUUAAUACUACUAUCGAAAAUUUCAUCACAAAUUUAUCUAAUCGAAAUAAAAGAGUUAUACCAGAUAUAGGUGAAUUUUUAAUUCAUGUUGCAUUAUCAAGUAAACAUCAAUUUAGUGAAAUCAAAAAUUAUAUUUAUGAAGAAUAUUUUGCUAGACAAGUCUAUUGGAUUCAACGAAAUGGUACUACUCCAAAUUUAUUAGAUAUAAAAAUUACAGAUCUACCAAAUAUAUUUCAAGCUGCGAAAGUAUCAAAUCAUUUAUUAGUAUUUAAUUUGGAAAUGGCAAAAACAUUUAUUUUUUCUGGUGUUAAACAACAUUUAGAUCGAUUACAUGGAUAUCCACCAAAUAAUAUUGUUGAAAAAUUUCAACAACAAUUAAAAGCUAUUAAAACUUUGGAUAAAUAUAGUGAUUUUAUUAAAGCUAUUAAAUUAGAUAAUGAAAUCAAAUCACCUGGCGAUAUGAUUACUUUAAUUACACGUUCAGUUGAAAUAUCAAAUAAACAAGGUUAUACAAAUAUAUUAUCAAUUGUCGAACAACAAGAUCGAAGAUUCGACGAACGAAAACGAUAUAAUCCACAACAACAAUCUUAUAAUAGAUAUGACAAACGAUAA